AUGGCCCAUCUUGAUAUACUUGCCAAUUCUUUUCAUUUAGGCCCUUUCCACGUCAAAACAGAUGAAUUGACUGAUCUUGAUAAACUCUUGGAUUAUAACAAAUAUACCCAUGCAGUUUCAAUAUUUUUCGGUAAAAAAAGGCUUGAAAAGAGUUCAAGCUCAAAAAAGAUCGGAAAAGUAAAGGAUGCAUUGAGAGGUAAAUCAAAACCAGAAAUUGAGGAUUUUGAUGAAUUAAUUCAAAAAAUUGUCAAAAAACUUUUCAGUUUUCUUGAGGAUCAUAUUUUUCUCGAAAAAGAAAGAAAAGGUUAUGGAACUAUCGCUUUAAUUGCUAUAGCUGCUUAUUUGUGCAAUCUUGGGGGAGAAGUUAAAGAAAUGGGUAAGUAA